GCAAUUAGCUAAGAAAGAGCAAUAAUUAAAAAAUUACAUGCUGCAACAGCUGGCAGCACGUUUUAAGAAUAUAAGCCAAACUUCUCACCUAAAUAUUUCCGCAGUUUUACGUGAGGGUUGGUGAUCGACGUUGUUGCAAUGGCCGCCUCAGAUUUGGGAAAGGAACAAAUUGCUCUGCUGAAAAAGGCAUUCGAUACCUUCGACGUAGAGAAAAAGGGCAGUAUCGGAACGGUAAUGAUCGGUACGAUCCUAAAUAUGUUGGGAAUAAACGUCACCGAUAAGAUGUUAGAGGAAAUUAUCGCGGAAGUGGACGAGGAUGGGUCUGGUGAGUUGGAGUUUGAGGAGUUUUGUACGUUGGCGGCGAGGUUUAUGGUUGAGGAGGACGCGGAAGCUUUACAGGCCGAGCUUAAGGAAGCGUUUCGAUUAUAUGAUAAAGAGGGGAACGGAUACAUAUCGACUGAUGUGCUUAAAGAGAUCAUUAAAGAGCUAGAUGACAAAAUCACGCCCGAGGAAUUAGACGGAAUGAUUAAGGAAAUUGAUUCAGACGGUUCGGGAACAGUCGAUUUUGAUGAAUUUAUGGAAGUCAUGACUGGCGGCGAUGACUAAAAAUAAUUUGGUCAAUUUCCAAAUCUAAACGUACGUAUUACUUCCUCCUCUGUAAACCAAUACCUAUGUGUAAAUUAAUUUAAGAAAUAUACGUUUAUAUUUGU